AUGAUGGGAGCUGCUUGCAACUACCGUCUAGGGAAGAAGGUCCGUGUUAAGUACAACACUGGUGACACCAUCAGGGGCCUUCAGAAGCUGAUCACCUCCCGUCCUGGCACCUGUUUGAACAAGAUCAUCCUAAAGACUUGGUACAUGAUUCUUAAGGACCAUGUGCCUCCGGGGGAUUAUCCAUGA